AUGUGGAACAACUUCAUCACUAUCGCCCUUUUCCUCACUUCAGCCGUCACUCUAGUCACCUCUAAUCCCACCAACCCUGUCUGCGGAACCUGCAACCCUGUCUCGGGUCUGAACCACUGUGACCCAACCACCUCGUGCAUCAAUACUGGUGCUCAUUUCCACUGCGCCUGCCGCGCCGGCUAUAAGGCGUCUAAAGAAAACAACAAUGUCAACAAACAGUUCCGCCUAACGAUGCCCAACUAUGGCUUCCUCGUGUUCACGCCCGAGAAUACCGUUUGCAAUACCCUCUGUGAUAACCCCUAUGGUGGAGUAGGCACGUUGUGUACAGAGGUUCCGACUUACUCAGGGCCAGGCUGUGCUGUUUGA